ACUGUGGUUACCAGAUACAAACGGAUACAAACAGCUCGGAUGUUGCUCCCUGUAUCAGCAUCUCAUAAGGAAUACUUUCUUUAGUUUCUUAACCUUUACCUCAGUCAGUGGAAAUGUCUCGAGCUCACGCAGAAAACGUCAUCAAAAACAUUAUCCGUGACAUCGUGCGGGACUGUGCGGUGAGAGGACAUGCGGUGUCCGACACUUUGGCUGCUUUCAUGGUGAAAGCUGUGGUGCUGGACCCCAGGAAUGGCUUUAAUGUGGAUCGGACCCUGACCAAACAGGAUGUGCAUAAACUAGAAGAGUUGUGUCUGGACAAACUGACGCAGGUGUGCAGUCCGUCCCUGGACACGAUCAAGAUGCAGGUCUCCUUUGAUGUGAAUUACACCUCCAGACGUGAGUUCCUGGGGGAGAUCCACCAGGUGAUGGAGUCCAGGCUGAGCUCAGUGAGCAGAGAGAUCACAGACAGCAGGGUGAAAACACGCGACGAGUUAGAAGCUUUGUACCGUAAGAUCGUCACGUACAUCCUGCUGCGCUCCGGGAUGGGCUCACCUGCAGACGUCAACACUAUGAAAGAAGCUACAGCGGCCCUGCAGAGCGUCUUCCCUCACGCUGAGCUGGGAGCCUUCAUGGUCCUCCUGAAGAGAGACAAAGAGCAGCAGCUCAAAGAGCUCACCAUGACCGUCACAGGGCUCAGACUCUUCAACCAGGCCACCACACAGGGAGAGGAGGAGGCCGACCUCAGUGAGCUCAAGCCUGCAGCUCUGACUGAAACUCUUCUAGCCAUCAGCACCAGCUUAGAAAACCAGCUGAGUUCAACACAGAGUUUGGCCUGGAAGUACACGGCUGUGCUGGAGAAGCUGACGGAUCCUGACAGUCGGUCUGCAGGGUGUGAUGUUCCCAUCGUGUUACUCAAACAGGCUCUGUACAACGUCAGGCAGCACGAGGGUUUCCUCCGGAUGUUACUGGCCGAUGCUCGUUUAUGUGCCAAACACCUUGAGAUCCUGCAGACCGAGUUCUCCUCUCAUGUGAAGCUGCUGAAAGAAACGGUGAAGUCAAAGACGGCUGUACCCACUGCCACUGUGUUUCCGCUGUUCACGGCUCUGUCCAAGCUCUGGUCUGGACUCCAGGAUGAGGCUGAGCUGCUGAACAUCCUCGACAAGAUCAGGCUCAACCUGCAGCCCUUCAUCGCCUCUCAGGCCCAGAUUUUCUCUGAGGACUAUUUAGACGGCCUGUUGCACGCUGCAGAGGUGAAGACAGAUGAGCAGAGAAUGAUCGAGUCCUCAGGCGAGCGUAUUGAUCCAGCUGAGAUGAAGACAAAUGACUGGCUCCGGCCUGAAACAACACCCAGCUUCAAGGAGCUCCCUCUGCAGUAUAACGGAGUCUGUGGAUACACACUCGUGAACAGGGACGGACUUUUACUUCCAGGUAAUCCUCAGAUUGGAGUCCUUAAGUACAAGGAGGAGCUCUAUGUUUUUAGCUCCAAAGAAGCUGCUUUAAAAUUUGCCUCCAGUCCAGAUGAGUUCAUUGAAGAGGUGGCAGAGAAGGCAAAGCUUUCCCCUGAACUCAUCCAGCUCCUCAAGCUGCAUCAACAGUUCUCCUGCAUCAGUCCGUACCCUGAGAUGCAGCCAGGAGAGACUUUACUGGUGAAGCCGAUCACCAAGUGUGAGAGCGGCACGCAGACCGACAUCCACCCGGUGGAGACAAACAUCGACAAGUCGUAUGAGUGGAACGAGUGGGAGCUGCGAAGGAAAGCUAUCAAACUGGCUGAUCUCCUGACCAAAGUGACCCACUCCACACAGACCGAUCUGAGCCACAUGAGACGGGAAAACGCCACUCAGACGUGGCUGCCAAAGAACGCCGCCUGUCAGAGUAAGAGAGACGGAGAGAGCAGCGUGCCCAAACCUCAGGUCUACCUGGCAGGACUGAGAGGACAGAGAGAUGGACACAUGGUCAAGACAAACCUGACCAGACCUCUGGAUGAAUGAUCAAGGAGCCAAACAAAGAUUUAAAAAGAUGUUUGUUGUGAAAAAUAAAAGUAAAUAUAAAGCAA